ACAAAGCAAGUUUAAGCAGUACAUUUGCCCAAGGCGUGCACUGCACUAUGCAUAUUAUCUUUAGUACAUGGUCGAUGUUUAGCCUCCGCAGUGGGACGGUGUACCGCGAUACUAUGAACUGUCAAAGAACAAAGGAAUAUCAGAGGGUACAUAGCACGCGUGUGCGAGGAGAACUAGGAAAAGGCUCUCGCCCACAUCCGCGGCGCCCAUGCCAAUCCCAGUAAAACCCCCAAGUUGCGCAGAGUUGGGGAGGUGAAGAUUGUUAUCAUCGCUGACACAGUCCUUGUUUUUUGCGCCGAAACCGGAUUACAUAGGACUCAGAAGACUAUAGACAGUUUGGUGGCUCCAAAUUCUCAUACAUCCCAGACUUUACUAGCCCAGCCAGUCUCAUCGCUCAUCAGUCGAAUCGAAGUCGUGCUUAAUGUCGGACGACCGCUGCGCCUACCAGCGUCCAGAACAACAUGGGCGUGGACCCAGCGCAGCGGGAGCAGCUGCGCACGGUCCUUGGAGACUUUGGGGCUGACCCGAAGUUCUUUGAGGACACCGAUGUGGACGCGAUGUGGAAGGCUCGCUACACCACUAGGCUCAGCCUGCAGAUUGCCACACGCGCCGGCCUCAAAAACGCUGGGCUGCCGCCUGCCAUCGUAGACUACGUACUAUCGCUCCAAGGUCGUGCAGCUUCGGCGGCUGGCGUGGGCGCGACAGGCGCGGCGGCUGGCGUGGGCACAACAAGAGCUGGCGCGGCGGCUGGCCUUGGCGUGGGGAGUGCGGCAGGGGCCGGCGUUCGGCCAACGGUCUUCCUACGAUCUCCGCUCCCAGACGCGGCCCUGCCAUCCCGCUUUGACAAGCCUAGUCGCUCGCUGAAGAUAGAUCACGCGGAGCCCGUAGACUGCAAGACCUGGGAGCAUGUGGCGCCGCAAGAACGUAUUCCCGCGCUCUUCGGCCGCUUGGCGGCCGCAUGUGGCAGCCACGCCACUGCUAGCGGCUUCCAAGCUAUGGGCGGGGCCGGCCAUGGCACAAGCAGCACGGAGGGCGGCGGCGGCAGCAGCAGCAGCAACAGUGGGGAUGGCGACAGUAGCUUCGACGCUGAGGUGCUCACGCUCAUCAUGCAUGCGGAUGACAUCUUCUGCAGCGCUGACGGCGAGCCUAUUCGGGUGCUGCUUCAGCAGCAAGGGCCGCCUGAAGUGCUCAUCAAUGAAGCUGUUGCCUGCUUCGGCACGCGCCCGCUGCUCAAGGUGCUGACCAUCCUGGUCAACGGCCUGUUGGAGCGGUUGCGUGGCGGCGCCAGUGCCGACCGCACUGCAGCGGCGGCAGCAGUGGGCAGUGGGGCAGCGGCGAAGCCGGCGCCCGCCGGCAUAACGCCUGGGGUGGAGCCGGCGGCUGGUAGUGAUGCUGCGGCCGUGCCAGCUGCCAGGACUGGCCGCGUGAGCAGUGUUUAUUGGGGUGCUGAGAUGAGCCUUGACAAGAUCCGCGAGGUGGCCAGCAGCCAGGAGGGUCUUGAGGGGCUUGUGCAGGGAGGGGGCGGCUCGCUGCGCCCAGACAUGCCGCUCAUUGUAGUCAUCUCGGAUGACGACGCGACCUGGCAGCAGUGCCGCAGCUUUGUGGAGAUGACGGCGCCAGCACUGAUGCUGGAGGGCAGAACGCCGCGCUCGCUGGUGGACCUGUGGCGGAGCGGCGACAAACGUGUUCGCGCCAUAUCGGCACAGGUCAAUGAGUACAUGGACCACCUGGGAGUGAGGUACGCUAUUGUCAGCUGCCACUACGCCAUGUGGGCGGUGCGCCGCACGUGCUCGCCACCGCCGCCGCAGGUCCUGCUGGAGAACCAGCCCCAACCCCAACCCCGGCAGCAGCAGCAGCAGCAGGCGCCAUCGGUGGGUCCUGCAGCCGCCGCAGUAGUCCGUGCCCGCAGUACUGGCGUGACAACCCGAAGUGCAUCCGCCGCUGCUGCACGUGCGCUGGCUGCUGGCGCAGGCGGCGGUGGCUGUAGCGGCAGCGGUUCUGAUGGCAUGGGUGGUGUCGGCGGCGGUGGCAGCGUGGCAGGUACCGGCAGAAGCAGCCGCAAGCGCGGCCGCGUGCGCGACGGGGUGCUGCACCUGGCAGGGCCCUUUCUGGCGCCAACGGAGCACACGGACCAACAGCCGGCAGUCACAGCCGCCGCCGCCACCCUGUACACCAUGCUGCUCAGCCUGCCGGAGGUGCCCGACCCACCUGCAGCAGGGCUUGCGCGGCGGCGGCCGCGGUCAGUGCCGCCCGGGCAGCCGGACGCAGGGCCCAGCCGCAGCAGUGGUGGCGGUGACGGCGGUGGUGCAGUUGGUCGCGGCGGGCAGCCCGGGGGCGCUGCUGCCGGUCACUGGCGGCGGCGCGCAUGUUGCCUCCGCCAGCCGCCGCCGCUGCCGCCGCUCCUCAUUGAGGCCGACCCCGAGGUCCUGCACGUGGGCUACGCGGGCCUUGCCUGCACCGGCCGCGUCAACGGCGAGGAGGCGGUGCUUAAGAUCCUGGACUCGGACGAGCACGGCGUCGCGGCCUUCGAGGCGGAGUGCAGUGCCUACCGGGCGCUGGCCGCGCUGCAGGGUGACGUGCUGCCGCGGCUGCUGGCCGCUGGCCGCCUGGGUGACCUGGCGCCGCCGCCACCGCCGUCUGGGGAGGAGGAGGAGGAGGAGGAGGAGGAGGAGUGGGAGCCGCCGCCGGACGGCGACGUGCGCUUCAUCGCCACCAGCCGGGUGCGGGGCCUGACGCUGCGUCAGGCGGCGGAGCAGUGGGGCUACAUCCAGCCGACGGCGGCGGCGGCGGCGGUGCACGCGCUUAAGGUACUGCACGCGGCGGACAUUCGCGCUGCUGGCGGCGGCAGUGGCGGGCGCUUCCUGCACGGCGACAUCCGGCUCAGCAACUUCAUGCUCCUGCUGCCGGCUGCGGAGGCGGCGGUGGGGCCGCGCUGCGUGGUCAUUGACUUGGGGCUGUCGCGCCUGGACGGCACGGAGGCGGAGCAGCAGGCGGAGGUGCGGCAGCUGGAGCAGCGACUCCAGUGCGGCAGUGGCUGAGGAAGAGCGAGGGAUGAGUGAUGAGUGCGAGGAGGUGAGGGUGGCUGGCUUCAGCCGUGGCCGAGGGAGCAGGCGGGAGGAACGGCAGGGUGGUGGGCCUGCUGGGCGGGUUCUGGGCAGGACGUGCAGUUCGGAGGUUACGAAUGGGCUGCGCGCUGGGCCACGGUUGCGACUGGCGUGGACAUGCGGCCGCACUAUUGUGCGGUGCGGUAAGAAAAUGAAUGACUGAUUGCGGGCCUGGAUGUGCCAAGACAAGGGGCAUCAUGUAGCGCAGCAACAGGUGGCUAACGAUAACGGAAACGCUCGAGAUUCUUGCAUGGACCGUGUGCUCAGAAUAAUGCAUGUGUACGAACCGGCGGUGUCUAUGUAUGUCCUGAUACAUUCAUGUUAGGGGCUACCCUGCUUACUAGAAUGGAUGCAAGCUAAAGGCUUGAAGGACUGUCACACGUAACGGGUCCUCUGACAAUGACGGGCUCGGCAUUUGGCAGAGCCCGCUCCUACCUACAUGCGCUGAAUAAGAAGGGUUCAGGUGCGCUCGAAGCAACUGUGCAGGAUGAGCGCUCACUGCCAUUCUAGUGUAGAUGAGGGUUACCGAUGACGGGCAUUCCGUGGAUGGUAUGGAGGCAAGUGUCAACAUCAUUGAGGGCGCAAGACCGAGAACCCUAACUAGCGUACGGAUGGCGGGGAGCUAGCGGCGUAUGUGCUGCGGAUGGGCGCCGGUUGGCGACGAUGUUGGAGGAUGGCACCAAAGGAAACGCAUAACAACCACCAAGGUAGCUUGUGGCGUGGCUGUGCCUUGCCGUGGACCGUCUGACUGCUGAUCCGCAGCAGCAGAGCUCCAUGACUUCAUGGCUGUAUGCUUUGUCACAACUGGUCGGUGCUAAGCAACCUGAUGUCCUGCUGUGCAUGCCUGUGAUUGGCUGGCUGCCGGGGUAAGCCGCAGCAGGCAAACUAUCACGGCAAGCUCGCGAAAGGAUCUGUGCCGUGGGUGUACCAUAUGGUU